CACAAACCAAACCCACCACUGCAACCACCACCACCACCACCAAGAUGCCCGGCCUCACCCCCGAACAACUCACCUCCUUCCAUCAAAACGGCUACCUCGUCCUCCCGGACUACCUCACCCCCACCGAAAUCACCGCCUGCCUCACCGAAACGCACCACCUCCUGGACACCUUCCCCCUCGACACCCACCCCCUCACCCAAUUCACCACCGGCGACAACCCCACCACCACCACGCAACACGUCGGCGACGAAUACUUCCUCACCUCCGGCGACAAAAUCCGGUUCUUCUUCGAACCCGACGCUUUUGCCCCGUCUGACCCCACCUCCCCCACCUCCCGUCCCACCCUCACCAAACCCAAACACCUCGCCAUCAACAAAAUCGGACAUUCGCUACACACCCUCUCCGCCCCAUUCCGCGCCAUCAGCCUCUCCGAAAAGAACGCCGAGAUCGCCAAGUCCCUGGGUUUUAAGGAUCCUCGCGUCUUGCAAAGUAUGGUGAUUUGCAAGCAGCCGGGGAUUGGCGGCGCGGUGCCAUCGCAUCGGGAUAGCGAGUUCUUGUAUACGGAUCCGCCGAGCGCGGUGGGGUGGUGGUUUGCGUUGCAGGAUGCCGGGAGCGGGAAUGCGUCGUUGGGGAUGUAUAGGGGGAGUCAGAGGGUGGGGGUGAAGAGGCGGUUUGUGAGGUUGGGGUCUGAGGAGGGGACAGGGACGGGGACGGGGUUUGAAGCGGGGGAGAAUGUGGGGAGGGAGGAGGAUUUGGAGGUGUUGGAUGUUAAGGCGGGGUCGUUGGUGUUGAUUCAUGGGAAUGUCCUCCAUAAGAGUGAGAGGAAUACCGGGGAUCGGAGUCGUUUUGCGUAUACGUUUCAUGUGAUUGAGGGGGCCGAGGGGUGGACGUAUGAUGAGCGGAAUUGGUUGCAGCCUACGGGGGAGGGGUUUUCGAGGUUGUAUCAGUAGGUUAGAUGUGUGAGUGUGUGUGUGUAUAUGUCAUUGCUAUAUGCUUGGCCGCCAAACCUAAACUCCAGCCCAGGUAUCCAUAAUGUUGUAACAGUUGCUGCUUUUGUAAGACUGUCUCACUUCACUGCGAUGCAAUGCAAUGCUGUACC